AUUGGUGGAUCCGGCGAAGAAGAGUAGUUUGAAUUUCAGUUGGUUGUUGAUGUGCUGAAUGUUCCGUUACAGCGUUUUAGAAAACAUAGAAUUCGUGGAAAUUGCUAAACAGUCAGACCUGGCUGCAGUGUUUUUCUUCUUCUGGUCCUGAUCUCGGUGUUGAAGAAGAUGCGUCCCGAAACUUCUAUCAGCCGCCGGAAGGACAAAGUCCCCGUACGUCGCCCCCCCAAAGUGUACCCCGAUUCAGCUCCCAAGUCCCCGAGGUUGAGUGGAGUGCCAGUGAAGCCCCCAGUGUCUCCCAGGAGGAGAAGGUUUCGCCCAGGGACCCAAGCGUUAAUGGAGAUCCGCAGAUACCAGAAGUCCACCGACCUUCUGCUGAGGAAGGCUCCCUUCUCCCGCCUGGUCCGUGAGGUGUGCCAGAGUUUAUCCGGGGAAUCCUUGAGGUGGCAGGUCUACGCUCUGCUGGCUCUGCAGGAGGCUGCAGAGGCGUUUCUGGUCUUGUUGUUCUCGGAUGCCAACCUGUGUGCCAUCCACGCCAAGCGGGUCACCAUCUUCCCCCGAGACAUUCAGCUGGCCCGGAGGAUCCGCGGGGUCGAAACCAUGUGAGGGCGAGAAGUGAAGGGACAGCACGGACAUGUUUGAAAUGUUUCUGUGGCCUGGAUUCUGCUUUUAAUAUGUAGACCUGCUUUUAAAUGUUUUUCAGAUGUUCAGCUAGGUAUUUGUCUCUGCAAAUCAUCGCAGGUUUUUAUGGAUUCAAGAAGUUCAAAUUAUGUUCCUGUGGGUUCACUCGAGUCACUUUAACAGAUCAGGAAAUCAGGAAAUAAGAGUGAGAAAAGGAUCUGUGUCCGGCAGUUGUGUUUUCAUAUAUUACUGAAUAAUCUACAUAUUAGAUCUGUUGUGUUCCUGUGUUUUUAUCGAUGUGUAAAUAUUGUUCUUCAUUCCAAUAAGCUUAUGUUAAUAAACAGUACGCUUUUUUGUUAUUACGA